GGGGGGGUGCUUUCUCCUGCAGAGAAAGACAUUCACACGGGGAGCAGCCCAGGGCAGAGCGGGUGUGAGGGGCACUCAGGGUCCUGUCCAGCUCCUGGCCCUAGGAUGCUGCUUCCCACCAGCGGGCACGCAUAGCAGUCGGAGAUGGCACCAGGCAUGAGUCUUUUCUUCGCAGUGGCUGGAUUGCUGGCGGCAACCCUCUCAGGUCUCCCAUCUCCAGCCCCAUCUGGCCAGCCCAACACCACCAGGGCAGAGAGCCAGUCCUUGGAGACAGGGGAAGUGCUCCAGGUCCGCCUGGUGAAUGGGAGCAGCAGGUGCAACGGGACGGUGGAGGUCUGGCUCGGGCUGUCCUGGAAGCCAGCAUGCGGGGCACUCUGGAACACCUACGCAUCCAAGGCAGUGUGCCGCUGGCUGGGCUGUGGCGAGUCAGAGCUGCUGGAAGAACCCAUCCCGCCAACCCCGGAGCUGACCCCCAGUCCAGCCACGGGGAACACCAGCUGGGCCCCCAGUGUCACGAGGGCCCUGGUGCCCACGAUCCGAUGCAGCAGCCCUGAGUGGCAGCUCUGCGAGGUGGUGGAGCAUCCCUGCAGCGACGAGGGGCUGGUCCAGGUCACUUGUGCAGAAAGCCGAGAUUUGAAGUUGGUGGGCGGUGGCAGCCCAUGCGAGGGCCGCGUGGAGAUGCUGGAGCACAGCCAGUGGGGUUCUGUGUGUGAUGACACAUGGGACCUGGAGGAUGCCCAUGUGGUGUGCCAGCAACUGAGCUGCGGCUGGGCAGUGCAAGCCCUACCAGGCUUGCACUUCCCCCCUGGCCAAGGACGCAUCCACCGAGACCAAGUCAACUGCUCCGGGUUGGAGAACUACCUGUGGGACUGCCCAGGGCUGCCAGGAAACGGCUACUGUGGCCACAAGGAGGAUGCUGGCGUGGUGUGCUCAGAGCACCAGUCCUGGCGCCUGACCGGGGGCACUGAUCCCUGCGAGGGGCAGGUGGAGGUAUACUACCGAGGGGUCUGGAACACAGUGUGUGACAGCUCGUGGUACGAACCGGAGGCCAAGGUGCUCUGCCAGGACUUGGGCUGUGGGACAGUGGCCCGGAGGCCCAAGGGGCCGCCCCAUUCCCUGUCCGGCAAGAUGUACUACUCAUGCGAGGGAGGGGAGGCCGCCCUCUCCGAAUGCUUCUGGCGCUUCAACAACUCCAACCUCUGCAGAGAAUCACGGGCAGCCAGGGUCCUCUGCUCAGGUGCCUGGAGUCUGCUCAAUCUGUCCACUUCUGAAGCCCCUGCAAGGGAUCGGCUGGUCACUGUGGAGCCUUCUGUGAUGGUGAAAAUAAAGGACUGGACCUCUCGAGAAAUAAUGCUCCUCAUCUCCUGCAUCAUUCUGGGAGUUCUCCUCCUUGUCUCAUUCAUUUUCAUAGCCUUAAUCCUCUUGAGAAUUAAAGGAAAAUAUGCCCUCCCCCCUAUGGUGAACCACCAGAGCCUUCCCACCACCACCCCGGCAGGGAUGGAAAGCUGUCAAGAGGUCCCCAUUACCAUCGCCAAAGAAGAAGUUCCCAAGCUGCCCAUCCCGGUCCAGGCCCUGCCCCCCGAAGACUCCGGCUCGGACUCAGACUAUGAGCACUAUGACUUCAGCACCCAGCCUCCCGUGGCCCUGACUACCUUCUACAAUUCCCAGCGGCACCGCUUCACAGAUGAGGAGGUCCAGAAGAACAGGUUCCAGAUGCCCCCCUUGGAGGAAGGCCCAGGACUGGAAGAAAUGCAGGAUUCCCAGGUCCCACCUGACAACCCUGGACAAUGCAAAGCACAGACCCCCUCCCUGGGCUCUCAGCAGCCCCCCAGCAAAAGAGGCUCCAGCACGUCUUCUGGGGAAGAGUACUGUAACAGCCCCAGCAGCAGGCUACCUCCAUGGAACUCUCACGUGUUUUCUUCAGAGCAGAAGCCCCUCCUGGAGCCGUCCCCGAACUUGGAGCUGGCUGGCUCCCAGACAACUUUUCCAGCAGCACCCUCGGCUGAUGACAGCUCCAGCACCUCGUCCGGAGAGUGGUACCAGAACUACCAGCCGCCGCCCCAGCUCCCUUCUGCUGAGCAGUUUGGAUGUGCAGGGUUCCCCAGACCCCCGUCUGACUCCUCCUCUGAUGAAGACUAUGAUGACAUCGGAGCCGCCUAGCCCGAGCCCAGAGUGGCUCCGUGUGCUCCCUCUGGGACUCCUGCUCUGCCUCCUCCCCCUGACCCACCUCCCGCCCUUCGUCCUUCCGGAUCAUCCAUCCAUCAAUAGAAGCUGCCGGCACCGCCCUUCCCGGCCCCAAACAGCAGCCCCAAGGCAGAGGCGCUGCCUUGGAGAGGUAGUGAGCUCUCCGCCUCAGGAAUGAACAAGCAAUCUGGACCACCUCUUGGCAGGCCGAAUGGAGGGGUUGGACUGGAUGAGUCCCGAGGCCCCUUCCAACCCUCGGGUGUCUUAUGCUCUGGUCCCCUGGAUCUCUGACAGCUCAGGGCCCGGAGGUACUUCCAGAGGUGGGGAGGCCCCUGUGCUGGGGCUGUCGGGCUGCCGUUGCCCUGAUAGAUGGGUGCAGGUGUUGCGGAAGCCACCAGCAGACCCUGGCUUCGUUCACGUUGGUAACUGCAGCCAACAGGGAGUCUGGUCUUCCUGGGCACAGUCAGCUGACCUUGAGCAGGACCAGUGCCCCCCCGCCCCCACCCCCGCCAGGGCCUGAGACCCGCUCUGCCUCUAGUGACUGUCGGAGCCCGGGAGGGGCUACAACCCUGUUCUGCAGUAACCAUCGCUGGACAGUCAAUCCUUGUUCUGAGUUUCCUAAGGUUUACAAAGAGGGUCCCUAGGGACAGACUCAGAGUGGGGGCAGAAGCCACAGAGAUGUCUUCCAGAAGGAGCCCAGAGGCUGCACAAAGCCCGGAGUCCCCAUCUGUCUGCUUGGAUGGGUGGGCGCCUCCCUAGCGAACACACAAACAUCAGUGUUAUUCCUCGAGCCACCAGUGUGUCCACGCAGCCUCCCGGGAGAUGUCUGAGGGCUCAGGGCCAGCUUCUGGUGUCUUACCCUGAGUAUCCCGAGAUUAAACUAAUUGCUGAAUAAAA